AUGGAAGAUAUUCAAUGUAUGGAUCCUGAUUAUGAAUAUGAGAUUCUUGAUAAUUGUGGUGACAUCGAUAUAUCAGACAUUCCAACUAGUCCAACCAAUACAAUAACUGAAAGUGAUGGUGAAAAUUUUGGUGAUUUUUGUAUCGACGAUCUUACUUUUGAUGAAAAAUCUUUUCAACUUGCACGAAGUUAUGCAAUUUCAAAUAAAGAUAAUAAAAUAGUCGAAGAAGAAUAUGAUAUUGACUGGUUGGCAUCUGAAAGUGGACGAGGUAGAGGUUCAAAACUAUAUUCAUGCAAAGAACAUCAUUUGACAGAUUAUUCCAAAUCACUUGAACUUAUGGGAAGAUGGAUUCAAUUAAUGGCAAAAAGUGAAAGCACAACUACUCAAGCUUUUCUUAUCGAAGAAAUUUUUACAGCAAUUACAAAUUUUUUUGAAAAAAAGAAAAAAAGAACUCAAAAUCUCGAAAAUACGCCAUCUGAUUUUAUACAACCAAAACCUCUCAGUCUUAUGACUAUCAAGAUAUGUUUACGAUUACAAAAAAUUAAUCUUAAUACACUUAAAGAAUCAUGCAAAAUUUAUGAAAUAAUUAAAGAAAAUCCUGAAAAAGCUGAUUUAUUAGAAACUCAAAAAACAGAAUUUGAUAUCAACAACAUACUUACAGAAGUGAAAAAAUUUAUCAGCAUGGAUAAUAAUUUUCCACCACCCAAUGUUAUAAUUUUAGAGCCUGGUGAUAAUCCAAACAAUACUGAAAGUGUGCAAAAUGCUGCACUAAUGUAUUUAAAUGAUGUUGGUUUGGAAUCAACUGGAUUUAUUACUUUAGUUGCUGAUGAAGCAAUUUAUAGAAGAUUAUACGGAUUGCAUGAAUCAAAAGAAUUUCAUUUUCUUCUUGGUGGUUGGCAUACAAGAAAACAGCGACUUUUUAAAAUUUAUAAACAAGAUGUUGAAAAGUCUGAACAACGUAUAACAACUGGACGCUGA